AUGGAGUUCGCCAUGACCCUUGAUGAGCGUCUGUCGCUACGACAAGAGCUGUUAGAUGCCGACCACAAGUUCAUAUUGGAUCUUCCCAAAGUAGAACUCCACGUUCAUAUCGAAGGCACACUAACUCCAGAAUUACGAUGGGGACUUGCCAAGAGGAACAACCAGACCCUCAAGCUUGAGCGCACGGGAACCGUGUACCAUAGUCUCGAGCAGCUCAGAGAGUCAUACAACCUUAUCCAACCACGACCGGGACAUCGCAUUGACAAUGCCGAAGAAAGCUUCACUUUUUUCGAGGCAUACUACGGAGGCUUUGAAGUGCUUGUCACGGAGCAGGAUUUCUAUGAUCUUGCGAUGAACUACUUCGAGCGUGCUGCUGCGAUGAAUGUUAGGUACUGUGAACCUUUCUUCGAUCCGCAGGGGCACACGAGACGGGGUAUUGCUUUUCGCACCAUUAUGGAUGGAUUCCAUAGAGCUCAGAAAGAAGCUGAGGAGCGUCUGAAUCUCAAGUCCAAAUGGAUCAUGUGCUUUCUUCGUGACAUGUCGGUCGAGUCAGCCAUGGAGACUUACGAAUCAGUCCUUCCGUACAAGGAUAUCGUCAUCGGCAUUGGUCUCGACUCUGACGAAAACAACAGACCUCCUCUCAUGUUUGCAGAAGUAUACAGCAGAGCUCGAAAAGAUGGCUUCCGCAUCACAGCGCACUGCGAUGUGGGGCAGAAAGACACUCAUCGGAACAUUCGUCAAGUCGCAUCUGACAUUGGUUCCACCGGCGCAGACCGUAUUGACCACGGUCUCAACGCGGCUCAAGAACCAGGACUCAUUUGUACCAUCAAAGAAAGAGGUAUUGGCAUGACGAUUACGCCCUGGGGAUAUCUUCGUCAUGAGCCUGUCGACGAGAUUUUCCCAAGGAUUCAAACCUUGUUCGAUGCUGGAAUUCCGCUUGCUAUUGCGAGUGAUGACCCAGCGUAUAUGGAAGAUUGCUGGAUCUUGCAUGAUAUGCUUCUUGUCAAGAAGAUGUGUAGCUUUAGCGACGAGGAAAUGGUCAGAUUGACGAGGCAUUCCAUCGAGAUGUGCUGGGCGGAUGAGGAAGUGAAGAUUGCGAUCAGUCAAGAGCUUGAUGAAGUACUGGCCAAACACUUGAAGUGA